UUCAUGCAUAAAGGGGUUUCGUGUCAGGAAAAGAAUCCAACACCAUGUGUAAUCUCAUCUCAUCUCCAUCGUGGCUCUUUUUGAUCUCCUAACCAAUGGGCCUACGCAACACUCUCCGGCCCAUUCCAUGUCAGUCUCGGGACCAUUCGGGGAGGCAGGAACCACAGAAACGAUAGUCAAUAACGGAGAUUUGGCAGCAGACACUCACCUUCUUCCUCCGAGGCAUGGGCCAAGUCAUUGUCAGCUUUCAACUCUCCAAGGAACUCAUAUGUUCACGACACGCAGAUUCGGUUCCUGCAGUUUUUAUCACUCGGUUCUGUGAUUAGUUCCAGAAAAUCAAAGAUAUUGCCAUGAUCGAUCUCGUUAAACUAAAAGGUGUUCCCUUGAAUCACAUCCACCCAGAAAACGUGGAGAAAGUUAUCUUUCCUGAUAAUUGUUGCUUCAAAGUGGUUGACUUUCUCUUUUUUUUUUUCUUUAAUCGUGAGCCGGACCCACCAGACUGCGUCUCUGGGUUUCACUCUCUUGAGGGCGAUUGUGUUGGGAUAUUGAGUUUUGGAUCGGGGCUUCUAAUUUGUCAACAAAGUUAACUCACACACGUUUUACGGAGCACGAAGAGUCAAACCCAGAAGAAGAUUUACUAACUCGGUGAAAAGUUUCUAGCUUUUUUCGGAUGAAAAAGAAAAAUCGGGAAUGCCGGUUCCCUCAUCGCUGCUCAGCACAAACCAAACGAAGCAGCCAUGAAGAACUUGUGCAGAUUUUUCCUCUGGGCUUCUUAUCCGGUUUCCUUGUUCUUAGGUAAGAAAAGUCCACGCCGCUUCUUGGGUCUUUUCUGCUCUGAUCAAGCAGUGAGGUAACGCUCUUGGCUCAAUGCUAAUGAAUGCGGCGUCCAUUUGUGUCGUAAUUGUAAUCAACUCGUUCUGUUGGAAUAGAUAUCAGGCUUGAAUUAUGGAAUUGCUGACUAGAAUUGGAAAUUUGGAAGCUUCUGCUAUCUGCAGCUCCCAACCAAGACGUAUUAAUUGAUAGCUUCUCUCCACCUCCUUUGAACGACUGCGGAUCCAUCUCUCUUCUCCUCUGUAACUUGCGCUUGGUUUCUGUACGGCCUGAUAACAGUAUCUGCUUAAAUACGUUCUGUAGGGCCUCAUGGUGUCGUUUCACAGAGCUUAUGGAUAUCUACUCGUUGCUGCCUUCUGUUGCUUGGCUCUUCUUGCAGAUGGACAGAGAACAGAUCCUUCAGAAGUCUACUGUUUACGGACAGUUAAGAGAAGCCUUAUUGAUCCUAUGAAGAAUUUAAGAAACUGGAAAAAGGGAGACCCUUGCACAGCAAACUGGACCGGAGUUUUUUGCUUUGACGAGAUUGGUACUGAUGGUUACCUGCACAUCCGCCAACUCCGGCUGAUGAAUAUGAAUCUCUCCGGGAUAUUAGCACCAGAGCUCCGGAAAUUAUCUCAUCUUGAAAUACUAAAUUUUAUGUGGAACAGUUUGACCGGUUCCAUCCCCAAGGAGCUAGGAGAGAUAUCGUCCAUGAAACUUUUGCUGCUAAAUGGAAACCAACUUUCAGGGUCUUUACCUAGUGAGCUCGGCUAUCUUUCCAACUUAAACAGGUUCCAGAUAGACGAGAACAACAUUACUGGACCAAUACCCAAGUCGUUUUCUCACUUGAUAAACGUGAAACACCUUCACUUCAAUAAUAACUCGCUAAGCGGUGAAAUACCAGUUGAACUUGCCAAUCUGACCAACAUCCUUCACUUGCUGCUGGAUAGCAAUAACUUAUCUGGCAUUCUUCCACCACAACUCUCUGCAUUGCCAAACCUUCGAAUCCUCCAACUGGAUAAUAAUAACUUCAGAGGAUCUCUAAUUCCAGCUACUUAUGGAAACUUUUCCAAACUAGUAAAGCUGAGUCUUAGGAAUUGCAGUUUGGAAGGGGCUCUUCCUGAUUUUAGUGGGAUGCCUAAUCUCACUUACCUGGAUCUUAGCAGGAAUGAACUCACAGGUCCUAUACCUCCUUCUAAGCUUUCCAGGGCCAUAACAACUAUUGAUCUAUCAGACAACAAACUUAAUCUGUCUAUCCCAGAAAGCUUGUCAGAACUUCCUCUGCUUCAGAAGCUAUCACUGAAGAACAAUCUCUUGUCUGGUUCUGUGCUCGACUCCUUAUGGCAGAAGAUCUCUUUCCAUACAAAUUCCAGGCUUAAACUUGAUCUGAGGAAUAAUUCUCUGUCAAGUCUUCAAGGAGUUCUAAAUCCUCCAGCAAAUGUCACUUUAAUGCUUGAUGGCAACCCCAUAUGCAAGAAUAGAAGCAUAUCAAACAUAGCCCUAUUCUGUGGAUCUGAUGGAGAGGACUGGAUAUCAACCAACUCAACAAAUUCUUCAGUGGACUGUCCUGCCCAAGCCUGCCCUACCUCUGACUUCUACGAAUACAAUCUAGCAUCCCCAUUGCGAUGCUUCUGUGCAGCGCCUCUUCGGAUUGGAUAUCGGCUGAAAAGUCCUAGUUUUUCAUACUUCCCUCCAUAUAUCAUUCAAUUUGAGGAUUAUGUGACCAGUUCUCUUGACAUGGCACUGUAUCAACUCUGGAUUGAUUCGUAUCAGUGGGAGGAAGGGCCUCGUCUGAGGAUGUAUAUGAAACUUUUCCCAAGAGUUAAUGAGAGCUAUUCAAGAACAUUUAACGAGAGCGAGGUUCACCGACUCCGAGGCAUGUUCUCGUCAUGGAAAUUUCGUGGAAGUGACUUUUUCGGCCCGUAUGAGCUGCUCAAUUUCACUCUCUUUGGACCUUAUUCAUAUGUUGACUUCAACACUCAAAGGGAUGGCAUCAGCCGGGGAGUUCUGGCUGCAAUCACUGUAGGUGCUGUGGUCACUGUUGUUGCAUUUUUGGCAAUAGCUACAACCUGGGUCAUCAGAAGACACAGAAGGCAUCAGCAUGAAAUAUCUAAAAGACGGUCAUCACAUCACUCGUCAAAGGUUUUGAAGAUCGAUGGUAUCAGAGAAUUCAGUUUCAGAGAACUAGCACGGGCCACUGACAAUUUCAGCGACUCAACAUUGAUCGGUAGUGGAGGUUAUGGAAAGGUUUACAGAGGCACCUUGUCAGAUAAAACAAUAGCUGCGAUAAAACGAGCAGAUGAGGAGUCUUUGCAAGGUGAAAAGGAGUUCCUAAAUGAGAUAGAACUUCUGUCGAGGUUACAUCACCGCAAUCUAGUUUCACUAAUUGGUUAUUGUGACGAAGAAGGCGAACAGAUGCUGGUUUAUGAGUUCAUGCCUAACGGCACCUUGAGGGACUGGUUAUCUGCUAAAGCUAAGGAGACUCUGAGCUUUGGUGCAAGGCUAAGCAUUGCGUUGGGUGCAGCCAGAGGACUUCUCUACCUUCACACUGAAGCGGACCCGCCUGUGUUCCACCGUGACGUCAAAGCCAGCAACAUCCUCAUAGACGCCAAGCUCAAUGCCAAAGUUGCAGACUUUGGACUGUCCCGCCUUGCUCCUGUCUUGGAAGAUGAAGAAGACGUGCCUAAACAUGUCUCCACCGUUGUUCGUGGAACCCCAGGGGAUCUCGACCCAGAAUACUUCUUGACACACAAGUUGACAGACAAAAGCGAUGUUUAUAGCCUCGGAGUGGUGUUCAUGGAGCUACUUACGGGUAUGCACGCGAUAACACACGGAAAAAACAUUGUUAGAGAGGUGAAAGCAGCGCAUCAGACGGGUAGGAUCGUGUCGUGGGUAGACAAGAGGAUGGGUACGUGCUCGUUAGAAUGCGUAGAGAAGUUUGCUGCUUUGGCUCUGAGGUGUUGCCACGAUGCGCCGGAAAUGCGGCCAACAAUGUCCGGGGUGGUGAAGGAGCUUGAGAGCGUGCUUCUAGCAAUGCCCGCGACUGAACCCAGAGUCUUGUCUUCUGAGACGGAGUCGUCAGGAUCUUCUUCCUCCGCCAAUGUCACGUGCGAGUCCUCGAGCCUCUUGGGAAGCGACCUUAGCAGCGGUGUUAUUCCCAGCAUCACGCCUCGCUGACCCAGCUGGAAGCGUUUUCCUUUAGCUCUUUGUAAGAACAAUGACCAGUUUUCAGUUUCUGUUUCUGUUUGGGCUCGAACCAGGUCAACUGAAAGUGACAUGUAAAAUAAUAAUCGAAGGCGGUUUUUGGGGAGGGAGAGGAGCGUUGAAAAGCGAAAACGACGUGCCCCCCGCAAUAGUCCUUCGACCUGUAAUUAUGAAAAAAAGGUUUUCAAUA